AUGCGGGUUUCAAUUUAUGCAAACAAGAGAGGAUGCAUACGACCACCUGUUGAUAAAGCCUUUUCCCCUGGAUAUACUUUGUGGUUGCGUCAUGGUGAAAAACCAGCUGAUGAGAGAUCUACUUGCACACCGAUACUUGAUAAAGUUACAACCGAGGAAAAUCCAUAUCUUCAAAUGGUGCAAGAGGCAUUUAACUUCACAAUGCCACCUGGAGGUGAGGAGACCACAACCGGGGAUCCUGUAGAAGACGAUGAUCUGGAGUUGCCGUACUUGUACGAUGGUCCAAGUCGCGAGGCACAGGAUUUUACCGAUCUUCUUCCGGAUGGAGCGGAGGAAUUAUAUCUCGGCUGCUCGAAAUACUCAAAGUUGUCUUUUCUGGUGAAACUUUAUCACAUUAAGUGUAUGUGCGGGGUGAGUGACAAGGCUAUGUCGAUGAUCUUGGACUUAUUGCGGGAUGCAUUCGAGCAAGCCAAACUCCCAUCAACUUUCUAUGAAGCGAAGAAAACUAUACGAAAGUUGGGGAUUGAAUAUAAAAAGGUUGAUGCAUGCCCGAACGAUUGCAUGUUGUAUCGGGGUGAUGAUGAAGACGCGACCAAAUGCAAGCAGUGUGGGACUUCACGAUGGAAGCAAAAAAUACGAAAGGGUUCCGUUACGAAACUCAAAAUACCGGUCAAGAAGAACGAAAAGCCUCUCCCGGCAAAAACUAUCCAUUACUUUUCUCUUAUACCACGACUGCAACAGUUAUUCAUGUGUAGCAAGACUUCAACUGACAUGGUAUGGCAUAAAGAGUCUGACAAUAAUGAUGGGUACUUGAGGCAUCCAAGGGACGCUGAAGCAUGGAAAGAAUUUGAUGCAAAGUAUCCAUGUUUUUCCAACGAUCCGCGAAAUGUUCGUUUAGCUUUAGCUAGUGACGGAUUUAAUCCUUUUGGCAAUAUGAGUACGAAGUAUUCCAUUUGGCCAGUGAUCCUUAUUCCGUACAAUCUUCCUCCUUGGCUUUGCAUGAAACAAACAUCUUUUAUCCUAUCUAUGAUUAUUCCCGGUCCUAAAAUGCCGGGUAAUGACAUAGAUGUAUAUUUGGAGCCCUUGGUGGAUGAGUUGAAGCAAUUGUGGGAUGGUGUUGAAACUUAUGAUGCUAAUAAAAGGACCACUUUCAAUAUGCGUGCGGCGCUAAUGUGGACUAUUAGCGAUUUUCCGGGGUUGGGAAAUUUAUCUGGAUGGAACACGUACAGUGGGUUAGCAUGUCCGAACUGUAAUGUGGACGCUAAGCCUCAGCGGCUAACAUUUAGUCGAAAAUGGUGCUACAUGGGACAUCGCCGCUUCUUGCCUCAGAGCCAUAAGUAUAGACUAGACCGUAGUCGAUUUGACGGACAAGCUGAAAGCAGGAAUCCACCGAAAAAGUAUUCUGGAACAGAUAUCUUACAACAGCAGUGUAACAUGCAAGUAACGUUUGGGAAGAACUCAACUCUGACAGCCAAAAGAAGACGCAUUAGUGAAGAUGGCGAUCAAGAUGACUCGUAUUGGAAAAAGAGGAGUGUGUUCUUUGAACUCCCGUACUGGAAGGAUCACAUGUUGCGUCAUAACCUUGACGUGAUGCAUAUAGAGAAAAACAUUUGUGACAAUGUGGUCUUCACUAUUUUAAAUGAUAGCGUCAAAUCAAAAGAUAAUCUUAAAGCUCGCAAAGAUUUACAAAGCAUGGGCAUAAGGCCUGAACUGUGGCCGGACGAAGGUGGUAAAUAUCCUUCAGCAAUCUUCACAAUGUCAAAUCCACAGAAGGAUGUAUUUCUGAAGACUCUACAGAACGUGAUCUUUCCAGAUGGUUACUCGAGAAAUAUUGCUCGUUGUGUUGACAUCCGGCAGCGCAAGUUGUAUGGGUUGAAGAGUCACGACUGCCACAUUCUAAUAGAACAAUUACUUCCAAUUUUGGUGAAGAAUGCAUUGCCAAGUCCGGUAUCGAAUGUGAUUGCGAAUCUGUCCUCAUUUUUCCGAGAACUCUGUGGAAAAGCUAUAAAUCCUAUGCAGCUUGGUGCCCUUCAGAAUCAUGUUGUGCAAACUCUGUGUCAGAUGGAAAUGAUAUUUCCUCCAUCCUUCUUCACUGUCAUGGUUCACCUUACGGUGCACCUUGUUGAUGAACUAAAACUUGGUGGCCCGGUACAGUAUCGGUGGAUGUAUCCAAUAGAAAGGUACCUGGGACGAUUGAAGCAAUACGUGCGUAACAGGGCACAAGCUGAAGGCUCAAUUGCGGAGGGCUAUUUAUCCGAGGAGAUUUUGACAUUCUGCUCCAGAUAUUUGGAUAAUACUGAGACUAGAAUCAACCGUCCAGCGCGAGUUGACGAUCGACCUGUUGAGAUAACAAACAAUGCAGGAUGUACCAUGUUCCCUGAAAUUGGAAAAGCUUCGGGGGCUGUAUCACAUUUUGCACUAACCCCAAUGGAAAGAGAUCAGGCACAUCGUCAUGUGCUAGUCAACUGCGAGGCCGUCGCUCCAUUUAUUGAGUCAGAAACCAAGCGAAAGUUACGGGAUCAAACGAGGUCGCACUCUAAGAUAGACCGUGUUGUGCAUACAGAAUUUUCUCGGCGGUUCAAGCGUGAGGUUCCAAUGGACAGUACUGUACAUUCGAAAGAAAUGAAAAUGCUGGCAUGUGGUCCCAUGCUUCAGGCAAGACGGUUUGGGGCAUACAACGUCAAUGGAUACAAGUUUAGAACUAUCACAAAGGAAGACGGGCUGAAAACACAAAAUAGUGGAGUUUAUGUCUCAUCAAAUACAAGAAGUUAUGCCAGCAUGCGUGACAACAGAGUGGCUGUUGGUAUUGUUCCAUAUUAUGGAAAAAUUGUGGACAUAAUCGAACUAAACUACAGCUGUCAUUUCACAGUGGUUUUGUUCAAAUGUAUUUGGGCUGAUACAACUACGAGCAGAGGAAUCAAAGAAGACCAUCUGGGCCUUACCAGCGUUAGUUUCGCUCGUCCAAUUCACACCGGUGAUCGAGAAGAGGAUGAACCGUACAUAUUGGCAUCAGAAGCUCAGCUCGUGUACUAUGUACGUGAUGAAGUAGAACAAGAAUGGAGUGUAGUGGUUCAUGUAAAACCACGAGACUUGUAUGACAUGGGAGGAGAAAAUGAGGAUGUUGAAGCUGCUUUUUCUCCUCAGCCCGGGUUGAACAUGUCAGCAGCAGGUGACAUCAGUGAUUUACAGUUGAUAAGGAACGAUGAUAUAGAAGACCCAGUAGCAGAUGUUUCUGAUAACAUAGAUUAUGUGCCAUAG